AUGCCAUCCUUGUCUGUACGAGCGCGGAGCACGCCGCACGCCGCACGCCGGCCUGGCCCAGACAGACCCGCCGCGCCUUCCCUUCUCUCGCGCGCUCAUGCAUACACACACGCCGCGAGCUGUGAGCGUGUCGAGACAAGAGGUGAGAUGGGCCGCGGGCGCCGGACGUCCAUCGCAGGGACGUCGCCCGCUGCGUUCUCAGAUAGCGCCGAGCAGGCCGACGUGCACACCCGCGCACGACCCGCGUCGCGAAGCUCGCGCGAGGCCGAGGCAACACGCCGACUCGCCCGUACCGUCGACCGCCGCACCCCACCUGUCUCAUUCGAAAGGAUGCUGGAUACGAUCCGUACGCGAGCGAGCGCAAGCGUUCCCGCGCGGACGCCUCGUGCUGGGCUUCUUGUCGACGAGCUCCUCGAUGGCGGCGCGACGGCACGCCCCAACGCGCCCCCGACUGGACCGCGACACGGCCCUCAUCUGCCCACCGGGGCGGCGACCAGCGCACCGCGCAGAUCAGACAAACCAGCCUUACCGAUUUAUCUGGAUGAGACUGCGUCGCGCCGUACCUCUCGCAAGCAACGCUACAGGCCGGUGUGGUGGGCGCAGCCCUCUCGCGAAAGCCCGAGAGAGGGCCGAUGGAUACGGACGCCCUCCGGCACAGGCAUACGAUGGCGUCCGUCUGCCCCCGCCCCUUUCGAAACCACGCUGCGGAACAAUCGUCAAGGCGCCCCUGCGAUCGGUGCUGGAAAAUCCAGCGCCAACGAGCAGGGAGCGACAUGCAUGUCGUCGGCGUGA